AUGACCGAACAGCAAUUAGUCGUCGUUGCACAAGUGAAGGAAGACAAACCGAUCGAAGUCCACGACAUGAUAAUUGAAACUUGGCUUUUUGAAAUUUGCGAGGCAUCCACCCAGUUUGCAGACGGCGACUUUGAACCGCCGGUUCAUUCAAACUGGAUAGACCAAGCGGAGAAAUUCGAGAUGGCACGGCUACUUUUCAAUGAGCUGCCAUUUGGCGACGACAACUCGAUCCGGGGACGCCACAAGUCCUGGGAAGACUUGAUGGAGUUAAUUGCUUUGGGGGUCCCAGGAAGCGAUGUCAUGGCCGUUCCCGAAGGUCCAGCCGAGGAAAGCCAAGAAAAUGCAAUUUGUGUGGAAGCUCCGGCGCCGCUGUGGAAACGUGUCCCGGGAAGCGAUGGCAUGGCCGUUCCCGAAGGUCCAGCCGAGGAAAGCCAAGAAAAUGCAAUUUGUGUGGAAGCUCCGGCGCCGCUGUGGAAACGUGUCCCGGGAAGCGAUGUCAUGGCCGUUCCCGAAGGUCCAGCCGAGGAAAGCCAAGAAAAUGCAAUUUGUGUGGAAGCUCCGGCGCCGCUGUGGAAACGUGUCCCGGGAAGCGAUGUCAUGGCCGUUCCCGAAGGUCCAGCCGAGGAAAGCCAAGAAAAUGCAAUUUGUGUGGAAGCUCCGGCGCCGCUGUGGAAACGUGUCCCGGGAAGCGAUGUCAUGGCCGUUCCCGAAAGUCCAGCCGAGGACAGCCAAGAAAAUGCAAUUUGUGUGGAAGCUCCGGCGCCGCUGUGGAAACGUGUCCCGGGAAGCGAUGGCAUGGCCGUUCCCGAAGGUACAGCCGAGGAAAGCCAAGAAAAUGCAAUUUGUGUGGAAGCUCCGGCGCCGCUGAGGAAACGUGUCCCGGGAAGCGAUGGCAUGGCCGUUCCCGAAGCUCCAGCCGAGGAAAGCCAAGAAAAUGCAAUUUGUGUGGAAGCUCCGGCGCCGCUGUGGAAACGUGUCCCGGGAAGCGAUGUCAUGGCCGUUCCCGAAAGUCCAGCCGAGGACAGCCAAGAAAAUGCAAUUUGUGUAGAAGCUCCGGCGCCGCUGUGGAAACGUGUCCCGGGAAGCGAUGUCAUGGCCGUUCCCGAAGGGCCAGCCGAGGAAAGCCAAGAAAAUGCAAUUUGUGUGGAAGCUCCGGCGCCGCUGUGGAAACGUGUCCCGGGAAGCGAUGGCAUGGCCGUUCCCGAAGCUCCAGCCGAGGAAAGCCAAGAAAAUGCAAUUUGUGUGGAAGCUCCGGCGCCGCUGAGGAAACGUGUCCCGGGAAGCGAUGGCAUGGCCAUUCCCGAAGGUACAGCCGAGGAAAGCCAAGAAAAUGCAAUUUGUGUGGAAGCUCCGGCGCCACGGUGGAAACGAGUCAGGAGAGCAGUUAGCCGGCGAGUGAGAGCUUUUGGUAGAGCUUUGUGCUGGUGUCGUUGA